UCUGUCUCUCAAAAUCCCUAUCUCUUUAAAUAUCUCCCCCACCCCACAUCUCAACCAUAAGAACCCUAGAAAACCCUAAUACUCUAAUCCUCAAUCCCACAUUUCCCAUCACAACAGCAUCACAAAAUGGCAAAAAAGAAAGUGACCCACCAACCUAAAGACACCAAACACGAAGCUCAUCAGUCCCAAAGCCACAAUACUCACCAAGCCACCACCAUGGAUGAGCCCUCAGAGAAGGUUCAGAACAAUACCCACCAAGCCACCGCCAAGGUUGAGCCUUCAGAGAAGGUUCAGAACAAUACCCACCAAGCCACCGCCAAGGAUGAGCCUUCAGAGAAGGUUCAGAACCUCAAGUCCCUCAACUCUCUGCUCCUCAAGGAGACCUUUGAUCGCAGGCAACAAGUUGAGUCUUUGAUGCAGGCCAAGGAGGGUUUGGAAUCUGAGUUGACUAGGUUUCGUGUGGAAAGUAAGUUGUUGGAGAGUGAGUUGACUGGGAAGAGUGAGGAAAAUGUUGGCUUGGAGUUGGAAAAGAGUGUUUUUUGUGUUUUUGUUCUGGCUCAGAUGGGUCAAAUGGUGAAAGAGCAGGUUGAGAUUGAGAGGGCGAAGAGCGAGAGAGAUACUGAGAUUGCUUUUUUGAAGAGGGAAAUGAAUGAGCUUAUGGGUAGCCUUGAAAAUGAGAAGGUAAAGUUGAACCGAGUGUGCUGGGAAAGGGAUGUGGUGAAGAGUGAUUUUGAUGGUCUUGCUGAGGAGGCGAAUGGGUUGAGGUUGAAAGUGGUAGAAAUGGAGAAAAAAGAUAGAUUUACUGAGGAUGAAGUUGAGAAGCUCAAAAUCCAAUGUCAGGGGUUAGUGCAGGAAAAGGCUGAAAAAGAAAGAGCGGCUCAGAGGAAGCAUGCUGAGUCGGAAAGAGUAACUGAGGGUUUGAAGAAGGAGAUUGAAGGGAUUGUCAGAGAAAAGAAUGAGAUUGAGAAGGAAAAACAUGGGCAAGAAGUGAGACUUUUUCGAUUGGAAAAUGAAGUGGAGCAUUUGAGUAAGGUUGAAUUGAAUUUGAGGCAAGAGAAGGAACUGUUGCACCUUAAGGUUUUGGAGUUGGAGAAGAGUAUUAAUGAGGCUAUGGGGAAGGAAGAGGAGAGGGAGAGGGACAUUAAGGCAUUAGUGGAAGAGAAGAGGGAGAAGGAGCACAGCAUUGAAAGGUUAAAUGAGGAAGUGAAAUCACACAAGGCACUUUUAGAUAUGGUUACUGAGGAAUUGAAAAACAAGGAGCAAAGAAUUAAGGAAAUGGAGCAAAAGAAGAAUGAGAUGGAGGAGGCAAAAGUAAAUCAAGAAACUGAAAUUGCUGAGCUGAACAGAGAAGUGGCUGAACAAAGGGAUAUUGUAUCUACACUGCGAAAUUCAUGCAGUGGGCAAGAAGAUAAGAAUGAACGAUUGGUCUCUGAAGUUAGUCAAUAUAAAUAUGCUGUUGACCGUGUUAUGCAGGAGAGGUCCGAGGCUCAGAAGAGUUUGGAUGGGGAGAAAAUGAAAGUGGAAGACUUGAUGCUGACUAUCUCAGAUAGGGAGAAGACAAUUAAAGAAACUGAGAAAGAGUUGGGAAAACUAAGGAGUGAGCGUGACAACGUUUCUGAGAAAAAUGAAGUGAUGGAGAGCCGCUUGGAGUCAUUGGUAAAGGAAAAAGAUGUGAUGCAGAAGAACCUUGUUGAGGCUCUGAAGAAAAUUCAUGAUUGGGAAGCUAAAUUUGAAUCAGAAGGAGCCAAACUUAAGCGAGCUUUGACUAUGUUGAAGAACACUGCAGCACUGGUAUCUUCUAAGUCUGAAGGUAAGGAAGAAGUGGUUCCCAAUGAUCACAAGCUUGGAAAAGAAAUUCAACCAUAUGUGGUGGAGUUGGAUGCCAUACAGAAUGCUUUCAGAAACAAGGAGAAGAUGGUUGGAGACUUGAAGCAGCAAGUUGAGUCACUGCAGAAGGUAGCAGAGGCACAGAAGAAGAAGAGUUUCUGGACUUUGGUGUCAUCAGCAACAACAAUUAUUGCUGCAGCAUCUGUUGCAUAUGUUGCUAAAGGACGCUGAGUAGUUCAUCAGCCAAUUUUGUUACAAGGACUAGGUUGCUCUUGGUUCUUGUAUCAACCAGUCAAGUGCUACUUGACGGCACGGUGUUAUCAUGUUUGUCCUUUUUGAACUUCUAAUCUAGAUAAUAAUGUUUUUGGUGCAGAAAUAGGUCUCAUGGGAUACUUUGAUAUGCUAUGUUCUUUUGCCAGCUAUAUGAAUGAAGGAAUAAGGAUAUCUUAUCUGAAUCAA